AUGGCUGUCGCUAGGCCUAUUCGCAUGCUCUCUGUAGCAUGCGUGGUCCUUCUGAUAUUCCUGGUGUUUCAGAUGAGGAGAAGCCCUUCAUAUGUCGGCACGGGGGCAAGCCCGUACAACGGCAUGACCGCCGACCCUCUGAAAGAUCCAACGGGCGAGCCCGAGGGCCACUUGUGGCGCGCCGACGAACACGAUUACGCUCCUGACAGCACCGACUCCGCCCGCACCAAUGCCGCCAUUAUCUCCCUCGUGCGGAACGAAGAGUUGAACGAGCUCAUCCCGAGUAUGCGAGACCUGGAGAGGACAUGGAAUCACAAAUUCAACUACCCCUGGAUUUUCUUCAACGAUGUGCCCUUCACCGAGGAGUUCAAGAAGCGGACACAGGCGGAGACCAAAGCCAAAUGUCAAUAUGAACUCGUCCCCAAGGAACACUGGGACGUCCCAAGCUCCAUCGACAUGAACCUGUUUAAGGAGUCCGCGGAGCUGCUGAAGGAGAAGGGACUCCAGUACGCCGAUAAGAUCUCCUACCACAAGAUGUGCCGGUGGAACAGCGGCAUGUUCUACAAGCACCCCGCGCUCAAAGACUACCGCUACUACUGGCGCGUGGAGCCCAAGGUUCAGUUCUUCUGCGAUGUCGACUACGAUGUCUUCCGCUUCAUGGAGGAUCGCAACAUGACCUACGGUUUCACGAUCAACCUGUUCGACGCCCCCGAGAGUAUUCCCUCCUUGUGGCCGACGACCCAAGAGUUCCUUGCUGCGAACCCCUCCUACCUCUCCGAUAACAACAUGAUGGAAUGGCUGACCGACGACCAACUCCGCCCCGACCACAAUCGCGAUGCGCACGGAUACUCGACCUGCCACUUCUGGUCCAACUUUGAGAUUGGCGAUAUGGAAUUCUUCCGCGGCGACAAGUACUCUGCGUACUUUGAUUACCUUGACCACGCCGGCGGCUUCUUCUACGAGAGAUGGGGAGAUGCACCGGUGCAUUCGAUCGCGCUGGGACUGUUCGAGGACAAGAACAAGGUUCAUUGGUUCCGCGACAUUGGCUACCGCCACAUCCCCUACUUCAACUGCCCCAACUCGCCCAAAUGCUCCGCUUGCACACCCGGGAAAUUCUACGACGGUGCAUCAUUCCUCGCCAAAGAAGACUGCCGGCCCAGCUAUUUCAAGCACGUGGGAACUCACUGA